AUGGAACAUGAUACAAAACAGCAUCAACAUGAUAAGAUCCAUCCUAUAAAAGAAGUCACAUAUGGUGCCAUAUCAGGUAUGAUUGGUAAACUUGUGGAAUUUCCCCUUGAUACAAUAAAAGUUAGAUUACAAUCUAAUAAUUCACAACCAAUUUCAACUUUUCAAAUGAUUGAAAAAACAUUUAAGAAUGAAGGAGUGUUGGGGUUUUAUAAAGGUUUAAAAGCUCCAUUAUUUGGUGCAUGUUUGGAAACUUCUAUUUUAUUUACUAGUUAUAAUUUUGCAAUGAAUUUUUUAAAACUGGAAAGUUUAAGUAAUCAAUGUAUUAGUGGUGGGUUUGCUGGAUUUAUGGCUAGUUUUAUAUUGACUCCUAUUGAAUUAGUUAAAUGUCAAUUACAAGUUGUAAACAUGCAAUCUCCACCUUCAAAAGUUAAUCACACAUAUUCAUCAAUUAUUAAAAAUAUACUAAAGAAAAAUGGAGUUUUGGGAUUAUGGAAUGGAUUAAAUUCUACAAUGAUUAGAGAAGUUGUUGGAUCAUCUAUAUGGUUUGGUACUUAUGAAUAUUUAAAUAAAAAAUUUGAAAAUUCAAAAGAUCCAUUUAUAAAAAAUAAAGAUUUACAAUUAUUAUUUAGUGGAGCAAUGGCAGGUAUAACUUUUAAUUUUUCAAUGUUUCCAGUAGAUACAAUAAAGUCAAAUAUUCAAACUAAUGAUAUUUUAAACACUACUCAAUAUAAACAUCAAAGUACUGAUUUUUUUAAAGAGUUUAAAAAAUUAAUCACUAAAAAAGGUGGUGUUUUGAAUUUAUAUAAUGGGUUGGGUAUUACUAUGAUUCGUUGUAUUCCUGCUAAUGCUUUAAUUUUUUAUACUUAUGAGAUGUUGAAAAAGAAUUUUUAA